AACAGUUGUGUAUACUUUUAACUCAGGGUAUAAUCAAAAUUUUAUAAAUAAUUUUUUUAUAACUAACCGCCACUAUGAAGUUUCAAAAAAUUACCUGUGAUAGUUACGUGUUUCAGAAAUCUAAAGACGUGGAACAAACCGAAUAUGAUGCAGUUGAAGAAAGGCUUAAAUUACUUUUAAACGAAGGAUCGAAAAUUCCUGCCGAUUCUGAUGAGUCUGAAAUGAUUUUACCAGAUUAUUAUGAUCCAAUUAAAUUUCGUAUUGGCCAGAAUGUAUUUAAAAAAAAUAUAUUUACUAUGAUGAUUGCUAAAUUAUCUGGAUUGUUACUUCUUCUUACAGUACCUUCCAUCCUUGACAUUUUAAAAUUUACGAGACAAAGUGGUAAUCCGUGUGCUGCCUUUCGUAGAUACGCAGCGACAAUUCUUCACACAUGCAUCUGGUAUAAAAAUUCACCGGAUGAGGAUAGUGAAUUCUAUGUGUCCUUGAAAAAUGUACGAAGAAAACACUGUGUAGCUUCAAAACGUAGUUGUGAAGCUGGAAUAGGUCAAAUUUCACAACUCGAUAUGGCUCUUACUCAAUUUGGUUUCAUGGGUUUUACUCUUUUGUGUGCAGAUUAUUUGGGAGUUGCUACUAAUGAUGAAGAACUUGAUGGUCUUCUUCAUUUUUGGCGUGUUAUUGGCCGAAUGUUGGGUACAGAAGAAAGAUUCAAUCUUUGUAAUGGCAGUGUAGAGGAGAGUAAAGCUCUUUGUCGUAGACUACUUGAAGAGAUAUUCGUUCCAUACUAUGCAAAAAAAUCAAAAGAUUUCGAUGAGAUGAGUACUGCUCUCUUAGAAGGAUUAUGGCCGAUAAAUCCAUUUGUAAAUAAUAAAUCGUUUAGAAUAUUUACAUGUCAUCUGAUAGCUUCAGCUAUUCCUAAUAACAAUUACUCAUUAGAUAUCGAUGACACAUCAUUAUCAAUGUAUAGUAAAAUAAUAUUGAAUCUUCAGCUGUUUGUUCAUAAACAUUUAUUACAAGUACAUUACUGGUGGUCUAGUAUUUUUCGAGCUUAUUUUAAUAAUCAAAUGAAAAUAGGCUUUUAUCUUACAGAAAAAUUUCCAUUCUUAGCUUACAUACUUUAUGGAAAAAAGCGAUCGCAUUUUAAUAUUUAUAAAUUUCAUUUUGAUUGA